AACUUUGGUGACAGGUGGUCUAGUGUUGACGUUCAGCAUCAGACUCGGGUUAGCUGAUUGGUCUCCCCUCGGGAGUGCGUCCAACUCGUGCAGGACUGUUACCAUGGUGACAAUUAAGAGCAGGAAAGGAUUUUCUGAGCUGUUGUCUGGAUCAUAAUGUACUCUGCAACAUUAACUGCUUAAUAUGAUAAAAGGAUGAUACUCAGAAAAAAAAGGAAUGAAAAUGAAAUUGUUCUAUAAGAUUCAUGUGAGCUGGAACAGGAAAUAGGCGUGUGUGUCAGCUUUAUGUGUUUAUAUGAUUAUUGUCAGUAAUUUAUCAUCCUGGUAAAGACUUUGUGUAACCUUGUGUUUUAUAUCUAAAACCUCCGUCAGGACAGAUAUGAUGUGAUUGUAAUCAAACAUCAGUGUGACAGAGAUUGUAAGCCAGCUAAGUGACCAAGAUGUAUGAGGCGAAUCAGUCAGUGUCCGCGGAGGACAUGGAGGCGCUGGCUGUACAGAAGGCCCAGGAGCUAUUCCAAGUCUGUGACAAGGAACAGAAGGGCUUCAUCAACAAGAAAGACAUGCAGAGGCUGCAGUCAGAGCUCGCCCUUGAUCCUGAUCAGCUAGAGGCCGUGUUUGACUCGCUGGACGAGGAUGGCAAUGGCUUUCUUACACUUGAGGAAUUCAUAGAUGGCUUUGGGAGCUACCUUGGUUUUAACUCGACUGAAGUAGGAGAGACAGAAGUAAACAAUGAGAAUGUGUAUGAAGGUGUGGAUGAAGGGGGAGAGGAGAUCCUCUUUAAGGAAAUGCUUCAUAAUGUUGGAGCAUCCAAGUUAUAUGAUGAUGAGAAGACUAUCCAAGGGUUGUGGGCUCGGUUACGUAAAGAGGACGCUGACAUGGCCUGUAACUUUGAGGAUUUUCUAUACAAAGUUUCUAACGACAUUCGCAAGUCAAAAGUCGACUUUGAGACCUUGGAAUCAGCUCUUAAAAGUAAAUCUUUGGCACAUGAUGAAGAAGUGAGAAAGUUGUAUGAAGAAAUGGAAUUACAGAUUAAACAGGAGAAAGAACGCAUCUUAACAGAGGAACAAUUGAAGGAACAACAAAUCAAAGACAGUAUGGAGACAGAGAUUAAAGAAAAGGACAGACAACUCCAAGAACUGUUGCUUAAACACCAGGAGAUGGAAGAAAAACUUUCAAAGUUGAAUAUGGCUGAAAGUGAAACAAAACAGGAAAAUGAAAAACUUCAAAGGGAGAAGGAGGACCUCCAGAUUCAACUGAGUAAGUCUGAGGACGGACUGGAGGAAUCUAAAUCCUAUAUAGACCAGCUCCGUAACCAGUCCAAGGACGAGAAACGAGAAAGGGCGCGGUCAGCUCUGAAAGUGACAGAGGGCAUUGCACUGGAGAGAGAGAGCCUUGUUAAACAGCUGGAUUCUCUGAGGGACAUUAACCAACAGCUUCGAGAUGACAAGGAUGAAGCGGAGACAAGGCGGGAGGAUCUAAACGGUUCCUCUAUGAGUGACGACCUCCAUCAGGUAUUUCUGAUCCCCUCUGUCCCUACCCACUCGUCUCCUAAAGUUACACUAGUCUUACAUCACAUGUUGUGUUUCAUGCAGAUUCUUGAAACAGAAGCAGGAUCAAAGCCGCCAGCGUCCCGGCGCCGGGACCAACUUUCCAAACAGGGCUCCAUCCUCGGCAAUUACUUCCCCAGCAGCAGGGGGCCACCAUUUGGGGAGUCGGUAUCUGAGGACACACCAGAUGUAGAGGAGGACGACGAUAUAGAAGUUGACGAUGACCAUGAUGGUCAGAUUUUAAGUAGUAAUCGUAGUGAAUUAUCAGACUUAGUAGAAUCUAGAAAUUUGUCUUAUCAUCAAAAUGGUCAAAAUAGUGAAUCACAAAAGGUAAUUGGUAACCAAGGCAACACAAGUGACUGAGGCGACACAGACGAGAAUGACAUGUCGACAGGAAGGAGUCGUAAAGUACGCAAACCCAAACGGAGGCUGCUCCCUGAAAUGACAGCAGGCCAGCCAGGAGCAGACGACAGCUUACCCAGAUCUAACAUAGAUAGUACUUCUGAAGUGGAAAAGUCCGCCAGAGAUCAGGAAACUGAACAAAAACUACAGGUAGAAUUAAAGGAGCAUUUUAUUGAAAAAACUGAGGAGCUUAUGGUGAUGAAACCAAAGGUGACAUUGGUUAGAAAAAUAAUCCAGGAAAAACCCAAGGAGUUGGAGACAAAAGGAAAAUCUGACCAAUUAGCAGCAGAACAGGGAAAAACUAAGCAAACACUGGGGGCGGAAUCAAAGGAGAAAUUUGUUGAAAAAACUGAGGAACUUAUAGAGGUGAAACAAAGGGUGACAUUGGAAAGGAAACCAAUGGAUAAAUCUGGAAAUGGGUUGGUCAAGGCGAAAGAAAUAACUGAUAAAAAAUCUGAGGGAACUGUAUUGACAACUGUUGAAGCUAAUGAGAAUGUGUCUCGAACUGUGACACGUGUCGUGGAGAAGUCUCACGAACAAGGAGUGACACGUGUCUUGAUGAAGUCUCAGGAACAGGGAGAUUUACAGAAUGCAUCUCAAACUGUGACACGUGUCUUGAUGAAGUCUCAGGAACAGGGAGAUUCACAGAAUGUGUCUCAAACUGUGACAAAUGUCUUGGAGAAGUCUCAGGAACAAGGAGAUUUACAGAAUGCAUCUCAAACUGUGACACGUGUCAUGAUGAAGUCUCAGGAACAGGGAGACUCACAGAAUGUACCCCAAACUGUGACAAAUGUCUUGGUGAAGACUCAGGAACAGGGAGAUUCACAGAAUGUACCCCAAACUGUGACACGUGUCUUGAUGAAGUCCCAGGAACAGGGAGAUUUACAGAAUGUACCUCAAACGGUGACACGUGUCUUGAUGAAGUCCCAGGAACAGGGAGAUUCACAGAAUGCAUCUCAAACUGUGACAAAUGUCCUGGAGAAGACUCAGGAACAGGGAGAUUCACAGAAUGUAUCUCAAACUGUGACACGUGUCUUGAUGAAGUCUCAGGAACAGGGAGUGACACGUGUCGUGGUGAAGUCCCAGGAACAGGGAGAUUUACAGAAUGUACCCCAAACUGUGACACAUGUCUUGAUGAAGUCUCAGGAACAGGGAGAUUCACAGAAUGUAUCUCAGAAAGUUCAAGGAAGUGUGGAAAAGGAGAAAUAUGGGAAAGAAUCAGAAACUUUAGACAAAGAAAUAUUGGUGUUAUAUUCAAAAGAGAAGGAGAAUGAAGGAGAAAAGGAAAAAGAGGAUGUGGAAAUUGAUACAACUGUGGAGCUCAACUACAAGGACUCGGUCAUAGAUGAUCAAGUGGACAUCAAUGAUCUGGUCAAACAAAGCAUCCACAUGGUAGAUCAAGUAAAUAAUGGAGCAACAGAGGCAGGCUUGAUAAGCAAUGAUUUAAAACCUGAAGAGAUUGGCAGUAACGAAAAGAAGGUUGAGCUUCAGGAAUCAAAAGUGACCAAUCAGACCUUGAAUGCUCAAAAUGAAACCGUUAUUGUUUCAAUGAAUCAAACUUCAAAAGAAACAAAAGACACAGCAACAACUCAGCUGACAAUUGCUGAAGUUAUGCAGUCAGCAGCACCCGUUCCCGUGGAUGUGCAGACAGCUACACAUGUUACUGAGGUUCUACAAACAACAGCUCCCGUUACUGAGGUUCUACAAACAACCGCUCCCGUUACCGAGGUUCUACAAACAAGAGCUCCCGUUACCGAGGUUCUACAAACAACAGCUCCUGUUACUGAGGUUCUGCAAACAACGGCUUCCGUUACUGAGGUUCCACAGACAACAGCUUCCGUUACUGAGGUUCCACAGACAACAGCUUCCGUUACUGAGGUUCCACAGACAACAGCUUCCGUUACUGAGGUUCCACAGACAACAGCUUCCGUUACUGAGGUUCCACAGACAACAGCUUCCGUUACUGAGGUUCUAAAAACAACAGCUCCCGUAACUGAGGUUCUACAAACAACAGCUCCCAUUACUGAGGUUCUACAGACAACAGCUCCCAUUACUGAGGUUUUACAAACAACAGCUUCUGUAACUGAGGUUCUACAAACAAAGGCUCCCGUUACCGAGGUUCUACAAACAACAGCUCCCGUAACUGAGGUUCUACAAACAACAGCUCCCGUUACUGAGGUUCUACAAACAACUGCUCCCGUAACUGAGGUUCUACAAACAACAGCUCCCGUAACUGAGGUUCUACAAACAACAGCUUCUGUGACUGAGGUUCUACAAACAACAGCUCCCGUAACUGAGGUUCUACAAACAACAGCUCCCGUUACUGAGGUUCUACAGACAACAGCUUCUGUGACUGAGGUUCUACAAACAACAGCUCCCGUAACUGAGGUUCUACAAACAACAGCUCCCGUUACUGAGGUUUUACAACCAUCAGCUCCCGUAACUGAGGUUCUCCAAACAACAGCUCCCGUUACUAAGGUUCUACAAACAACAGCUUCCGUUACUGAGGUUCUACAAACAACAGCUCCCAUUACUGAGGUUCUACAGACAACAGCUCCUGUAACUGAGGUUCUACAAAGAACAGCUCCCGUAACUGAGGUUCUGCAAACAACAGCUGCCGUAACUGAGGUUCUACAAACAACAGCUCCCAUUACUGAGGUUCUACAAACAGCUCCCGUUACUGAGGUUCAACAGACAACAGUUUCCGUUACUGAGGUCCAAAAAACAACAGCUUCCGUUACUAAGGUUCUACCAACAACAGCUCCAGUUACUGAGGUUCUACAAACAACAGCUCCCGUUACCGAGGUUCUACAAACAACAGCUCCCGUUACUGAGGUUCUACAAACAACAGCUUCCGUUACUGAGGUUCUACAGACAACAGCUUCUGUGACUGAGGUUCUACAGACAACAGCUCCAGUUACUGAGGUUCUACAAACAACAGCUUCCGUUACCGAGGUUGUACAAACAACAGCUCCCGUUACCGAGGUUCUACAAACAACAGCUCCCGUUACUGAGGCUCUACAAACAACAGCUUCCGUUACUGAGGUUCUACAAACAACAGCUCCUGUUACUGAGGUUCUAAAAACAACAGCUCCAGUUACUGAGGUUCUAAAAACAACAGCUCCAGUUACUGAGGUUCCACAGACAACAGCUUCCGUUACUGAGGUUGUACAAACAACAGCUCCCGUUACCGAGGUUCUACAGACAACAGCUCCAGUUACUGAGGUUCCACAGACAACAGCUUCCGUUACUGAGGUUGUACAAACAACAGCUCCCGUUACCGAGGUUCUACAGACAACAGCUUCCGUUACUGAGGUUCCACAGACAACAGCUUCCGUUACUGAGGUUGUACAAACAACAGCUCCCGUUACCGAGGUUCUACAGACAACAGCUCCAGUUACUGAGGUUCCACAGACAACAGCUCCCGUUACUGAGGUUGUACAAACAACAGCUCCCGUUACCGAGGUUCUAAAAACAACAGCCGUAACUGAGGUUGUACAAACAACAGCUCCCGUAACUGAGGUUCUACAAACAACAGCUCCCGUAACUGAGGUUCUACAAACAACAGCUCCUGUUACUGAGGUUCUAAAAACAACAGCUCCCGUUACCGAGGUUCUACAAACAACAGCUUCUUUGACUGAGGUUCUACAAACAACAGCUCCCGUAACUGAGGUUCUACAAACAACAGCUCCCAUAACUGAGGUUCUACAUACAACAGCUCCCGUUACUGAUGUUCUACAAACAUCAGCUCCCGUAACUGAGGUUCUGCAAACAACAGCUCCCGUUACUGAGGUUUUACAAACAACAGCUUCCGUUACUGAGGGUCUACAAACAAGAGCUCCCGUUACCGAGGUUCUUCAAACAACAGCUCCUGUUACCGAUGUUCUACAAACAGUAGCUCCCGUUACUGAGGUUCUACAGACAACAGCUCCCGUUACUGAGGUUUUACAAACAGCAGUUUCCGUUACUGAGGUUCUACAAACAACAGCUUCCGUUUCUGAGGUUCUACAAACAACAGCUUCCGUUACUGAGGUUCUACAGACAACAGCUCCCGUUACUGAGGUUCUACAAACAACAGCUCUUGUAACUGAAGUUUCACAAACAGGAGCUUCCGUUACUGAUGGUGUACAGACAACAGCUCCCGUUACUAAGGUUUUACAAACAACAGUUCCCAUAACUGAGGUUCUACAAACAACAGAUCCCGUUACCGAGGUUCUACAAAUAACAGCUCCCGUAACUGAUGUUCAACAAACAACAGCUCCCGUUACUGAGGUUGAACAAACAACCGCUCCCGUAACUGAGGUUCUUCAAACAACAGAUCCCGUUACUGAGGUUCUAAAGACAACAGCUCCCGUUACUGAGGUUCUACAAACAACAGCUCCCGUUACUGAGGUUCUACAGACAACAGCUGCCAUAACUGAGGUUCUACAAACAACAGCUCCCAUUACUGAGGUUCUACAGACAACAGCUUCCGUAACUGAUGUUCAACAAACAACAGCUCCCGUAACUGAGGUUCUACAAACAACAGCUCCCGUUACUGAGGUUCUACAGACAACAGCUCCCGUAACUGAGGUUCUACAAACAACAGUUCCCGUUACCGAAGUUCUGCAAACAACAGCUCCCAUUACUGAGGUUCUACAAACAACAGCUGUCGUUACUGAGGCUCUACAAACAACAGCUCCUGUUAUCGAGGUUCUACAAACAACAGCUCCCGUAACUGAGGUUCUACAAACAACAGCUCCCGUUACUGAGGUUCUACAGACAACAGCUCCCGUAACUGAGGUUCUACAAACAACAGUUCCCGUUACCGAAGUUCUGCAAACAACAGCUCCCAUUACUGAGGUUCUACAAACAACAGCUGUCGUUACUGAGGCUCUACAAACAACAGUACAUGUUGCCAAGGAUCUGCAAACAGCAGCACUUGUUGCUGAGAAUCUGCAGACAGCAGCACCAAUUGUUUCGGAUAUUAAAACAACAGCACCUGUUGCUGAAGAUUUGCAGAAAGCAACACCCGUUACUGAGGACCUGCAGACAGCUGCAUCUGCUGCUGUAGAUCUAAAAACGACAGCACCCAUUCCUGAAGAUCAGCAAACAGUAGCACCUGUUCCUAUUGAUAUGCAGACCGCAGCAAACAUUACUGUUGAUCUGCAGACAGCAGCAUCCUUUGCUGAAAAUUUACAAACAUCAGUAAUCGUUACCAAGGAUCUGCAGACAGCAGCCACCAUUGCUGAGGAUCUACAAACAAGAGUGCUCAUUGCUGAAGAUCUGCAGACAGUAACACCUGUUGUUGAGGAUCUUCAGAUAGCAGCACCCGUCGUUGAGGAUCUACAGACAACAGCAUCUGUUGAGAAUCUACAGACAACAGCACUUGUCGUUGAGGAUCUACAGACAACAGCACUUGUCGUUGAGGAUCUACAGGCAACAGCAUCUGUUGUUGAGAAUCUACAGACAACAGCACUUGUCGUUGAGAAUCUACAGACAACAGCACUUGUCGUUGAGAAUCUACGGACAACAGCAUCUGUUGAGAAUCUACAGACAACAGCACCCGUCGUUGGGAAUCUACAGACAACAGCACUUGUCGUUGAGGAUCUACAGGCAACAGCAUCUGUUGUUGAGAAUCUACAGACAACAGCACUUGUCGUUGAGGAUCUACAGACAACAGCAUCUGUUGUUGAGAAUCUACAGACAACAGCACCUGUUGUUGAGAAUCUACAGACAACAGCACCUGUUGUUGAGGAUCUACAGACAACAGCACCCAUUGUUGAGAAUCUACAGACAACAGCACCUGUUGUUGAGAAUCUACAAACAACAGCAACUGUCGUUGAGGAUCUACAGACAACAGCACUUGUUGCUGAGGAUCUGCAAAUAACAACACCUGUUGUUGAGGAUCUACAGAUAGCAUCACCUGUUGCUGAGGAUCUACAGAUAGCAGCACCUGUUGCUGAGGAUCUACAGAUAGCAGCACCUGUUGCUGAGGAUCUACAGAUAGCAGCACCUGUUGCUGAGGAUCUACAGAUAGCAGCACCUGUCGUUGAGGACCUUCAGACAGCGGCACCCAUUGUUGAGGAUUUGCAGAUAGCAGCACCCGUGGUUGAGUAUCUCCAAGCAACAGCACCUGUUGUUGAAGAUCUACAGACAGCAGGUGCUGAUAAGGAUGUAGUGGUGGAAAGUGAUUCAAGUAUCAGAGCUACUACAGAAAUUGAUACAUCAGAAACUGUUCAUGGUGACAUAUUAUGUUAUCCAGAUGUCAAAGGUACAGGGAAGGAUUUACCAGAUGUCAGUGAGCAGACCAAGUUGAUCAUGGGCAGGGACACAGAAGUUUUGUCAGAAAUUAUCACAGACGAGGUGGUCCAGGGGGGAGGUACAGACAUAUUAUCAGACGUCGGUGAACAAGACCAGACUACCCCGGGUAGUGCAGACAAAGGUAAAACUAAUGGGGAUAAGAAUGUAACAAAGUCCACAGAUGAAGGAAUUUCCAUAGACAUUUCCAUCAAAGACCAACAAGGAAAGACUGAAGUGGCUUCAUCUAAAAGAAAGCCAGAUAACAGUUCUGAUGUUCCAGGUACUGAUGAGGAAGAUGAUACGUUUUCUACAACAAUGAUCAUCUACACCAACAAAUUUGAGGGUUGUGAUGAGCAGACUAGGAUGGAAGAGACACGAGAAGCCUUAGAGAGUACAGUCUUGUCUUACCCAGAGCCAAAGUACUACAGCUUCAUGCCACACAGCAAAUCAAAGCCUCUAUAUGGCACGCUUACAACGUCUGGACUGCAGGGCCGUACACCUACAGGCCAGGACCUGUCAUCAGAGUCUAUGUUCAGAUCUCCUCGGCUGACAGCCAAAGCAGGAGAGUUUGAUGGGAGUCUCUCAUCCCGUGUCGACUCUAUACCCGACGAAUCCCAUGGUAAGAUUGUGGACAGAAGAGGAAACAAGUCUGUCCAUUUCCAGGAUAGUGAUGGCACUAUCUACACACCACCACACACUGUAACCUCUCACAGUAGUGUCGAGGAAUCAAACGUCAGCACAGAAUCGGGAGUUCAGAGUCUAAAUCAGAAGCUACAUUUGGUUAAACAAGGCCUUGAAGAACAAAAUGAAGCAGAUGCUAUUACAACACAAAUUUCUGAAACAAGAGUUGAAACUAUGAGUGAAGAAAAACCAGGUGUUACUCAAAAAAAGAAAAAGAAAUCCAUUCUCUCGAGUCUGUCUUAUAUUUUACCCAGUGUCCCCUUUGCCCGUGGAAUCAAUGUGGAUACAUGGGAGGGAGAAGAGGUCACAUUUCGCGGUGAGCUGGGUGACAUCGUUGACGAUGGCGAUGAGGCGGCCGAUUCUGGAACACGAUCAAAAGAGAGCCCCGACCAGGACGUGACCAAUGGUCCACGAGGACAGCCUGUCGGUGCUGUGGAAUCUGAUGGAGAGACCAUCGAGCCUGUGUUGACCUCACAGCGAGUGUUCAAGGUCGUGUUUGUAGGGGACUCUGGUGUUGGAAAGAGUAGCUUCAUCCAUCGUUUCUGUAACAACUCGUUCAACCCUUCCUUCAGUGCCACCAUAGGUGUGGAUUUCCAGGUGAAGACGAUCCAGCUAAAGGAUACGGUCAUCGUGCUACAGUUGUGGGACACUGCCGGGCAGGAAAGAUUUCGCAGUAUCACCAAACAGUAUUUCCGUAAGGCUGAUGGGGUGGUUGUGAUGUACGACGUGACAUCUGAGGCCUCGUUCAUCAACGUCAGGAACUGGAUGACCAGUAUAAAGGAUCAUGUGGAUGAAAAUGCAGUGAUUGAAAUACUGGGAAACAAAGCAGACUUAGCAGAGGGUGAUGAUCACAGAGUUGUACGGAUGAACGAUGGCAAAAAGCUCUCCAUGGAAUAUGAAGCCUUGUAUUUUGAGUGCAGUGCCCAGUCUGGGAUGAAUAUACAGGAGAGUAUGGCUGCCAUGGCUGACCUGCUGAAGGAUAAGGAGGACGAGGAGUUGGAGAAAGCUCUACAACUAAAGGAUGAUGAUGUGGAGAAGAAAAAGUGUUGCAAGUAAAACAAUUUAACAAAGAGAAUGUUAGAGUCUGAAGUGAAUUCCAGAAAACCUUAUGUGAUUCCUGUUUACCAUGGAAACGGACCAUUGUUGAUUAUAAUACAUAGACUUAUUGUUGUUUUUAAGUUUUAUUAUUACAAAUUUUAUCAAAUAUCUUAUUGUUGCUUCAUAUGACCAAACUUUAAAUGUUACUUCAUAAAGAUGUAUAUGUAUAUAUAUGUAUAGUUAUUUUCAUUUAGUUAAAAGUUGUUGACAUUCCAAAGUUGUCAACAUUCCAAAAACAUGAUGUACUACAGUAUAUCACCAGUUCUAGCCGUGCAUUGUCUUGUCUCAUUGUGUAUCACUGACAAUGCUGAUGGAACAUGAGGAAACCAAAUAUAUUUAUCAAAAUUUAUUACUGUUCAUUAAGUAUAUACCUUUACUAUUUAAGAUCAUAUAUGUUAUUACCAAAGUAUUCCUUUGAAUAUAUCCAAUGAUCCCUUAUAUAUUAUAAUCGUAUUACAUUUUCCUUAUAGAACAGAUGAAGUGUUAAUGUUUAAAUGAAAGAUAUUUUUUACAUAGUUUGCAAGUCCCUACGGGUUCUUCUGUAUCAAACAAUUACUCCAAAUCUAUCAGUCCACACAUUACCAUCAUAUCUCUAAUACUCUUUAACCUUAGGAUGGUGGAGUGUCACACAAAUCUUUAUGGGCAUUAUAUCUUUCAUUGUUUCAAUCUAUUUUAACAGUUUCAUGGUACAAAUUUUCAUCAAUAGUCCACGAAAAUUAAAUUUCAAGUGAAGUUGCUGUAUUUUUAUGGUUCCUACAUAAAUUGUCGAUCAUGAAAACCGUCAAUGUUUGUACACAAGGACAAUUUUAUUUUUAUGUUACACCAAAAUGCGAGAUUUUGUAUGGAGUAUCAUUAUCUUGAGUGUGUCCGUUAUAUACAUCAGGUCUGGGGGCCCAAAUAAUGCAGAGUUAUUUCCCUUUAUUUCCCUUCUAUUAGGAGCAUACCUUGAAUGCUUAAUAUCAGAUAUCUUUUCUCCAGGAUUGUUUUAUAAGACAACUCAGAUAAAUUCCUGAUAUAAAUGUCUUUAUUGUCAGCAUUUAACAUUUCUCAUUCUGAAAGGUUCUUUUCAAAUGCUUAUAUUCAGAAUUAAUUGGGAGUUAACUGAACAAAUUGGUUGUAACAGUAUAUAUAUACUUGUAUGUAACUUGAGUUGUUCCAUCAGUGUAGUCGUAUCUACACCAAUAUAUUAUCAGGUGUAAUUUUACACCAUCAGCAUGUUUUGUUUACAGAUAUGUAACACAUAGUUGUGCUACACAUAAUGUAUUUUACAGAACUGUGUUAUAAUGCACCAAUCCUAUACAAAAUUUGGAUUCAUUUUUCUUUAUUACAUGCAUAUCACACAUAAAUAGUGUAUAAAUUAGUAUAUAGGAUCCCAUGGAUUGUGGUGUAUAUAGAGAUUUUAUAAAGAAUUGUUUUUAAAAUUCCUAUUCUACACAAAAAGUGCAAUAGCCCUUAUAGUCUUCUAUACUCGUCCGAUAUAUAUAGUAGUUGUAAAUGUUAUUAUAACCCGAGUAGAAAUCCUCGUUUCUAUAUCAUUGAGUUACUACCCUUCGGUGCAUUCAGUCUUCAUUAAUGAUCGUAAGGCAUGUUUUUUUACUGGUACAACAUGUUAAAUACAUCAGUGAUUAGGGAGGUUUAAACCAUGAGGCCAAUUUUCCAAAUUUUCAUUUAGUUCAUUUUAUUUUGGCCAAUUCAUUUGUAUCCAUUUCAAAUUGUACAGUUGUUAUAAGUUAUUUCUAGGUCCCUGGUAACACUUUUAGGAUAUAUUGUAUUGUUCAAAGCCUUCAAACAAAAUUGUCCAAUACAGCCUAGGAUCAAUUCACUAUAUCAAUCAUUUGCGGUAAUGUUGCUGUGAAUAAUUAAGACACCAUUGUCAAACUGUAAACAAUAUAAAAACCCAUGGCUGAUUUUCAAUGAUCCCAGAAAAAACUUCCAGUUUUAUUGUACUGUAUGUAUCACACGUAAUAUAUUAAAUACUAUCUAAAAUAGUAAUGUGAUAGAACUGUGUGAUCUAUAUUUAUUAAAGAGAUAUAGAACAAACCAAUAUUCAGCACUGGCAGUAAAGCUAACAAUAUACAGCCCUGAUUCUUGGUAUAAACCAAUAUUCUGCACUGGCAGUAAAGCUUAUGAUAUACAGCCCUGAUUAUCGGGAGGUUUUUUGUUGACAGUAAACAUUAACAUAAAACUACAUGUCAGGUACAAAUUAGACAACAGGUGUUCAAUACAAGCAGGUAGACACUACAGGUAGGUAGCCAGCACUAAACCAUAUUCUACUUGACAUGUACCAAGCCUUCUGUUAUUAACUUGGCUAUCAUUGACUGCAUGCUUUAUGUUAUAGUCGGAGGCUGUUUUAAUGCGACUUAUGUAACAAAAUUACACAAUAUGUAUAUGUACGUCAUAAUAUUUCUUGUUUUAAAAUAUUUACAUUAUUUUCUAUAGUUAAAACUUGUUUUUAAAUAUUUCUACAUUAAUCCAUAUCAUAAACUCCUAUGUAUUACAAGCGACAAACAUUGCAAUUAUCUAUGAAGAUUAGAAAAUGAAGGGAUGUGGAACAUAUUAUAAACGUAAGUAAAGGUUGAUGAAUGUCUACACAAGUUAUAUUAAACAUAUCUGAAGCCUUUGUGAGUUUGAAGCAUCAUUUUAGAUUUUUAUACAUGUAUAUCCAGUAGGGGGUGAUUUGUUUUAUUUUAUCAAGUACUGCCAUGUAUAGCUUUUUUGUUAUAUGCUUAUGAAUCCAUGUUGCAUUAAAACCUCGGAAGUGAAAAA